AUGAGGGAGUCCAACUUCUGCAACCCCGCCCAGAACAAGGCGAGCGUCUGCAUCUCAUCUGCCGUCUAUGAUCGCAGAGCUAUCGACUGCACCGCCACAUUGCCACUCAUCAACUCGCUCAAUCAUCUCGCAUACCUUACCUCGACCUCGCCACGCAUCCGAGAAAUGGUCACACUAGAUGGAGGUCUCGAACGUCUCAUUCGCAUCCUGCGUACCGUGCCCAAAACGCCCUCUCCCCAGGCUCGUGCCUUUUCCAUCAAGGAGAUGCAGGCCGUCUGGAAGUGGAGCCUCGCCUUUCAGUGCGUCGUCAACAUUGGCGUGCGCGGCAGCGAGAGCGUCAGGACCCGUGUGGUCGAGGCAGGCAUGGUGCCCGUCACCAUCCGCGUGCUCGAAUCGUACCUCCGCAGCAUGGACCGACUCAAAGAUGAUCGACGCAGGGAGGCCCUGCUGCAACACCAGCGUCACGAAGCACGUCGGGAGGAGCGUUCACAUCGAGAACGCGCCGAGCCCGCCUCCACCUCUCACGCUCAUCUCGCCCCGGUCAACGACGACGACCGCGCGCGGCGACAUCAUCCCUCGAACGAUGCCAUGCCUCAGGCACCGACUCGUAUGGAUGCAACCUACACCACCGCUGCUGCUGCUGAAGUACGGUCAGACUCGCAUCGCCUAGCAGAGACCUUGCAGACGGCUCGUACCGGAUCCGUUCCGCCCACUACGCGCGACCGUCUGGUCACAGAGACGCGGCCUACCACUCCGCUCGAGGAUCCCGUCUCGGCACGGCGCUCAUCCGUGUUUGCCGACAUGGAAGCCCAAAGCAGCGUCGACGACUUCCUCCCACCACAGGCUUCACCAAUGCCCGUGGUCGAUGCUGAUGAAGCGCAUGCCACCUUGCCAUUGAUCGAUGCCAUCGACCCUCUUUCCCUCUCUUCAUCUGGCAGCGCGUCUGCCGUCGCGCCCGAUGGUACGCCUCGAGCUUUGUCAUCUGCGCAGGCACAGAACACCAACCUCAUGGCGGUCAGCUCCUCAGACGACUUACGUAGCCAUGCAGCGGAAGCGAGCGGAAGCGGCUCGGACGGCGCCGAGGAUGCCGAGAUGUUUGCAGACGAUGCGGACGACAGCGAGGUCGACGUGGUUCAGUCUUCCGCUACACGCUCGAUCGACUCGGACCACAUGCCACCCAAUGCUGAGGGCGAGAUCGGCGUCGACGAUGAUCUGGAGGAGCGCCGAACGCCACGCCCCGCUCGCCGCGCCUUGGCCCCCUUGUCUGGCCACGAUGUGCCAGAGCGCUCCGCCCAAAGCUUUGUCACGCCCAACAGGCCGACGAACGCAACAGCGCCGCCCCUGUUCGAGCGACAGGACACUGUGCGACCCUCGCGUGACUUUUCUACCACGUCUGGGUCCCGAGAUGCCACCUCGACGAACUUGGCUUCGACGGCGCUCGCCGAACAGGUUGGCUCGCAAGACGCUAACAGCCAUCACAGCUCUCUCUUUGAUCGACAGCUGCACGUCGAGCACUCGUCGCGUCAGCCAACUGAGCAAACGCGUGCACAGCCGGAUGGGUCACAAUCCAGGCCCCCUCUUCCUUUCCAACAGCAGCCGCAGCAUCACCACCAUCAUCAUCAUCAGCAGCAACAGCAGCCACAACACCUCCACCACCAUCACCACCACCACCACCAUAACCACCAUUCACAGCAUCCAGAACAGGCAGUCAGAGCUCACCAUGUUCACCACCAGCAAGGUAUCCAGGUGACCCGUCAGGACGUCCAACAACAGCACCAGCACCGGGAGGCUGCUUCACGCGACGAAGCCCGUCCCGCAGCUCAUAGAACUACGCAGCCUACAGCUGCGGAUGCAGCUGCGGCGCACCCGGCCAUCGUGCAGCUCAACAAUCUCGCCGACACCAACGCGCGCGCCGGCAUCGACGUGGUAUACCGCGAGGAAGAGGUGCUGCUUAGCUUGCAGUUGCUGGCCUACCUCUCCAAAUACGCGCAUGUUCGCAUACUCUUCCAUUCCAGCGACUUCACUGGAGCCUCGCUCAUGGGCCCUCUGGACGCGCUCAACGAAGAGCUUGAACAAGCUACCACGCGCAACAAGAGCUGGGACCCGUCCGAGCCUCCGCGCCGCAACGUGUUUUCCAUUGCCGAGAAGUUCACACUGCGUUCCUCGCGCAGUUCGGCUGCCUACCCGGCGCCUCGGCUCACCAUGGAGAUCCAGUACUGGGCUGGCGUGAUAAUGCGCAAUGCGUGUCGCAAGGACGAGUCGCGAGGCGGCAUCCGUCAGUGCGCCAACAUGCUGUGUGGCAAGUGGGAAGAGUAUCCUCGCGAAUUCGCCAAGUGCCGACGCUGCCGCAAGGCCAAAUACUGCAGCAAGCAGUGCCAGAGCAAGGGCUGGCAGAUGGGCCACCGCUAUUGGUGCAGUGCCAAGGCAGACGAAGGCGAGGCCAAGGACAAGGAGCGCGAAAAGGUCAGCGAGCCUCAUCGGGCAGGCCGCCAAGAGGACGAGGGCGGCGCUGCUCCGCAUAUCGUGCCCAUGGCUGUGCACGAGGCAGGACACCCUGGCUUUGCAGGCGCACUGCCCAACGACACAGCGGAUGUGCUUCGCGAUCCUGGUGCGCAACGACUCGCUCGCACGGAAGAUAUCCACCUUGAUGGGCUAGACGACAAUGAUGCCAAUCGUAGGCGGUGGCCGCUAGCUGGAGACGCUGGCCGGGAGUCUCAUGGCCCGUCCCAUCCCCGCGACGGGCGAACUCGCAGCAGCUCUCGGACGGAUCUGGGCUUGUCCGCAUCUGGGCACGCCGAUGUACGAGCAGCGCGCACUCAACCUCUUGGAUUUGAACCAGCUCAACGUCGAGCUCCUUCGAAUGGAACAGGCGUAAGCGCCGGCGCAUCGACCAUGAUCAGCUCUGCCGUGGACACGCGCGGUCUUGCGGACGCUCAGCGCGACGGCUCGUCACGGAUAAAUCGCCUUGAGCCGGAAUCCUCCACCUCUGCAGGCAUGGGCGUCGGAAACAGGCUUGCUGCUAGUGGGAGCGAGGACAACGACGCGUGGAUGGGCAGUACACCUGAACCAGGUGCUCCGCGCCUUGGCAUGAUGCCAUCACCCUACACAGGCACGACAACGGGGGAAGCCGGACCUUCGACAGCCUCGCCGUGGUACACCACAGGACGUGACGGAGUAGCGGAUGGCUUGGCCAGUGCAUCGAGUGCCUUUGCAUCCAACGCGUCGUCGCCUUCGCGAAGCUCGAUUGUCGACAGCCCUGCGCAGGCGCCUCGAGCGGCUCGUCGUGGUGUUGUGCCUGGCUCCUUGGGCCUGCCCACGACGAUGCUGCGGCAAGACUUGCGCGACCGAAGGGUGACGAGCUUGGCGAGUCUGGACACGGUUGAUGGCUCUGACGUGAGUGAGGACGAGACGGAAGGCCGACUCGCUCAAACGCAGGGAAUUCUACCGGCCUUUGCCGCGGCUGCUGCUGCUGCCGGGCUACGAGCCCGCGAAGGCGAGGCGCCGCCACGCGUACCUCAGAGGACAGAUCUUGCAGGAAGACCGUUGCCGCCGCCCGUGAUUGCGUCUCAAAACGGCGAAGAGGAUGAACUUGCACUGGGCGGGCGCGCUACACCGGGUGCAGCAGGUGAGCAAGACUUUGCAACGGGUGAGAUCGACCAGAUGCUGGGUCACUGGGCCACCCGACGUCCAGGAGCCAUCGGUGGGCCACAACAUCGACUGGCGGAGGUGCGCGCGGACGUGCCGUCCCCUGAGCGCUCCUUAUCGCCCGAAGCAGGCACGUACGGGGCUGUCGCCGACGCCUCGGAAGCCAACAUGGGCGCGCGAUCGGACGACGAGGAGCUCGGAGCCACAUCGAGAGCGGCGAGAUACGCAGGUCUGUACGGUCAAGUACCUUUUCCCGCUGGGAUCGUGCGCGGACAGACGCCGCAACCGCACCAUCGACUGCAUCAACAACGGUCCGCCAGCGGGUUCAGCCAGUUUGGCACGCAUGGGACGCGGUUCGGCUAUGGCGAGUCGAUGGGCGAGCCCUCAACGCUGCAAGCGUACCGUCCGUCGAUGGUGUCGUCUCCGCUUGCACAGACGCCGCUGCGCCGAACGAGCGGGCAGAACAUCGACGAUGCGUCGAUGAACGUGGUGAGGAAUCUGGAACAUGCUGCUCAGAGUCUCAGGCAGGUCAGCCAGGGACCGGCAAGCAGCAGCAACAGCAGCGUGGUCUAUGACAGCGAGGACGUUGCCAUGAUGAACGACACUGGCUCGGAGCAAGGAUCGCGGCUUGCGUCAUUUGAGGACGAGGUGCUGCAGGAUGCCGACGACCGCGAUGACAUUAGCAUGGAGCUUUGA